GUUUACCAAGCUUGAAAACUGUUCCACAAAUCGAAUGUCCAAACUGUAAGAGACAGCUGGCUGCCAGCAGGUUUGCUCCGCAUCUUGAAAAAUGUAUGGGUAUGGGAAGGAACAGUAGUAGGCUGGCAAGCAGAAGACUUGCGACUAGUAACAAAGAAAGUUACAGGGAUGUUGAGGAGGAGGGGGAGGAAGGUGACGGUGAUGAGGAUUGGAUUGAACCUGGGAAACUUAAUAACAAAAACAGAAAAAGGGAUAAAAAUUCUCCGAGACGGAAUAAACCGUUACGGUUCAAGGGAAGCGGUGAGAAUGCCGAUGGUUUAGUCACUCCACCCCAGUCCUACGAUCAACUAUCUCCAGAAGAACGAAGACAACUGCUUGUUUCCAUAUGCGGAGCAUCUGGGUAUAACGGGAAGGUUUGUACCCGUUCUACUAAAUGUCCUGCUCACACAGAUCAACAACGUAGAGAGAUUCGAUUAAAAUGGUUGUCUGAUGAUCAGCAUGUAGAUAUAGAUUCAUUGAGUGAAGGGGAUACAGCAGCACUCAGAGAAAGCUUGGCUCAGCUCUCCAAUGCAAGCAGUCCGGCUGAGUCUACAAUCUCUACGAGUUCUAAUCCAAGUCGAGGAAGAAGCGGGAGGGAUAAAACGAGGAGGGGGAAGAAGGUUCGUCCUGGAAGUAAAGCUGGCAGUAGUCGAGGCUCUACACCGCCGAUCGAAUAAAUUUUUUUCAUCAUUUACCAUUUAUGUAAAUUACAUUACGCAUUUUCAUUUUUACAUCAAUGUAUUAAUCUUGUACAAGUACAACGCUGAAAUUAUAUGUUUAACCAUGAGAUAUCCAUGGUUUAUUGUAUAAUAUUACCUCUAGCGUUUUUGUCCUCAAGUCUAAAAUUGUCCUCUCCUUUCUUUUGUCCUUUAAAUUUUAAAUUUUUUCAAGCUUCAGAAAUAAAAAUUCUCAUUUAAAUCGGCAUCCUCCAUUUUCAUGAAGCGAUUAGAAUUUUUAAAAUUCAUUCUUAUUUUUUGUUGAAUAUACAAUAUAC